ACGGGAAUGGAAAUAUGGAGCCAAGCCCCCCGAACUUUACCUGGCUUCUAUUGGGCUGGAGUUUCGACGGACGGACUGGAUGGAUGGCAUGGAUUUUCACGGCCGAAGCGAAGCGAAGCAUUGGCGUGGCAAUGGCAUUAACAUGGCUGGCGUAAUGACUACAUGAAUGAUCUGCGGCUUUUUCACUUGUUUUCUUCUGAUGGAUGGAUGGUAGGGCAGGUUGGUGUGAAGGGGAGAGUGUAUAGUAUGGCCGCGAGGCUGGGAAUUGAAAUGUAUAACUGUGUAUAUGGUGUGUUCUGGAUGGUGUACGUGAGCGUGGCUCUGGCAGGCGCGAAGGUGACGGCGGAGAGGAAGAUGAUGAGAAUCGUCUUCUUGUUGACGAGGGCUCACGAACGGGUCACUCUGAAUAGAACAGAUGCAUGCAGUUUCUGGAGAGGAGAUCAACCAGAAGAAAAACCGAUUACCUUGUCCACGAGUCAUUAUGGCAUCUACAAACACAUCAUCCCCCAUUCCCAGCUCCGAUCACACCGCAGAACUCAUCAGCGCAGGAAGUCUCACGUCGCCUUCAUCGGCACCACGACAACGGUCUCGACAAUCGAGCUCGUCGAGACAGUAGUGCUGACGCUCAGAGGGAUCCAGCCAGCGGGAAUGGGGGAGUCUAUCGGGUUGCCCGGCGACGAUGGCGCUCCACUGUGUCCAGCAUUGCUCGGACUGGGACUUUGCCUUGGUGUGCUGUAGGACGUGGCCGUGGCCGUGACUGAGACCGUUACCUGAGAGAAAUUGGCAGGAAGAGUUGUGUACGAGAUGAAUGGGGUAGCUGAAGCGUGUUUGGAGUUCGACUUGCCG